AUGUUGAUUAGUUUGGUGGUCAACACCUCGAAAGAGAUGAUGUGUUUCAGUGACUUUCCCAUGCCGGAAAACUAUCCAAACUACAUGCUCCACUCUCAGCUCCUGCAGUACCUCAGUCUCUAUGCUGAGCACUUUCACUUGCUCAGAUACAUCAACUUUCAGGUAGUGAGGAGUGCGACACAAAGACCAGAUUUCUCUCUGUCUGGUCAGUGGGACGUAGUGACCAUGAACAGGGAUGUAGAGGAAGAAAUGCUCGUCUUUGAUGCUGUCCUGGUGUGUUCAGGUCUUUUCACUAAUCUAACAUUUCCCCUGUCUGGUUUUCCAGGAUACAAGACCUUUACUGGCAGGUGUUUUCACAGCUGGGAAUAUAAAGAUGCAGAGGCCUUGAGAGGAAAGAGGGUGGUGGUGGUUGGCAUGGGUAAUUCCGGAGGGGACAUUGCUGUGGACGUCAGUAGAUCUGCUGAGAAGGGGGCGUGGCUUGGCUCCUGGCUACAGCAGACGAGGCACACCGGAUCUCAAUCAUCUCUUCACCUCCUCAAUAAAUGCCUGGUCUGCUCACCACUCCAGUGCCGGAUUAUUCCACCUUCGUGUGCCUUGCUGCUGGAUGCCGCUUCCUCGUUCCUCCCUGGAUCUACAAACCAGCCAGUACCCUGCCACUCCAGCCUGCUUGCACCUCUCCGAGAAAUAAUUUUUAUUAUAACCUACAACUUCUCGUUUGUGUCUGCUGUGGGGUCCAAAACCUAA